AUGGAAUUCGCUAGUGAACUCAUCGUAUCGCGCUCGGCCACGCGACACGCAGCUGACACAGCACCCCUGGACGACCUUAGACCGCCAGAAGCGCGACGGGACCGCUUGAUUGAGACGGCGGAUUUCGGUGAGCGUCGCGUGGGUGGAGACGCGUUGGCGUCGUCGCCGGGGGAGGGCGCACUGCGGGGCGCAGGGGGAGGGGAUGAUUCUAGUAAGGCCGCCGUGUGGGCGGCCAUUGAUCCACGGGGGCAGGACCCCGUGAGCGCGCCGCGGCGGGCCCCAUUUGAGAGGACGCGUGGGCGGCCAUAUUGCUCGUGCGGCGCGCCCGUUCGUUCUCUGCGUAUCUCUGGCUCCGGCUGCGAGGAGGCAUUGUCCUCGGGCUCCUCGUCAGAGUGCGAGGACACGCACACGCACGCCCAGCAGGAGUUCCCGAUAGAGAUCCUGCCCAACCUCUACCUCGGCAACUCCACCAACAGCGAGGAUUGCGACGCGCUCGCCAGGCACAACAUCAAGUACGUGCUGAACGUAACGCCGGACCUGCCCAACACCUUCGAAGCCGAGGGCUGCGGGAUCAACUACCUGAAGAUCCCAAUCGCCGACCACUGGAGUCAGAAUCUCGCCGUGCACUUCCCGCAGGCGAUACGCUUCAUAGAGGAGGCGAUGUCGGCGCGCUGCGGGGUGCUGGUGCACUGCGUGGCGGGCGUCUCGCGCUCGGUGACGGUCACGCUCGCGUACCUGAUGCAGCGCCACCGGCUGUGCCUGCGCGACGCGUUCGAGCUGGUGCGCAGCCGGAAGACCGACAUCGCGCCCAACUUCCACUUCAUGCGGCAGCUGCACUCGUUCGAGCGCGACCUCGGCCUCCACGAGCACAGCGCCAGCCUGAGUAAGGUGCUGCAGGAGCUGGGCGUGCGUGAGGCGUCGGCGGGGGGCGUGGCGGGGGGCGAGGGGGCGCAGGGCUGCGGCUGCGCGCCCCCCUCGGGCGUCUCGCCCGACUCCGGCAUCGAGUUCGACCGCUGGAGCGCCGCGCGGGACACCCCCCAA